CUCCCGGCCGAGGAUUAUGCGCUAUGCAGAAGUUCGUGACGGUCUGCUGCUGGUCUUUGUUAAAAAGCUGCUUAGGAUCCAUAGGAGAUCCGUAUUUCCUAGAAAUAUGACUGAUUUUGUGAGCCUCAAUGUCGGAGGGACAAUAUACACAACAUCUCGAGCUACCCUGACUCGUUUUCCGGAUUCUAUGCUGGGAUCAAUGUUCAGUGAUCGCCUCCCAUCCACACAAGAUGAUAAGGGGAAUUACCUAAUUGAUGGAGACGGGCCAUUGUUUCGUUAUGUGCUGAAUUUCCUGCGGCGGUCCAUCCUUGUCUUGCCCGAGGACUUCAAAGAGCUGGACAUGCUCGCGCAGGAGGCCGAUUACUACCAGAUUAAGGAGUUAAUUGAUGCUGUGUCUCAGCUCAGAAUCACAGUUGCCAUGGCUAAGGAGGAGGAGACAAGAGCAAAGGAACGCAUCCAAGAGCAAGAGUUUCUUGAGGCCGAGUUUGAAUGUGCAACUGGUCGAUGGAUUAUAUUCGGAAGCUCUGACACCCUUCAGAAAAUCCCAAUAGUCAUGGAAGGAUUUGGGAACCAUCUGCGGCUGGUCCGCAACCAGUUGGACCACAUUUUUGGUCCAGAGGAGAAUGGGUUGAUUGUGCCAAGGGAGCAACCGUUGUCCCGUGUUAAGCUUUUCAGGCAAAUCACUCAGUUGGGUUUCAAACUUGCAUCAGCGUCCUCAAGUGGCGGAGAUGAGAGGUCAACAGAUCGAUGGGUCUUUACAAGAGAGGUGAAAUCGAGCAGUACUACCUGCACAACUCCAACAAAAGCAAAAUAAGUUAUUAAAGUAAAGACUAAUGAAUGGCUGGAUUUGUUGAACAACUUUCUCAUUGUUCCAUUGGGUUAUCUUUUUUUCACUCUGGGGUGAUUGAGGAAUUUUAGGGGCUAUUUCUUCCAUUUUAAGGGCUACUUAUUAGGGUUAAGCAAUUCAGUAUAAAAUGUCAUUAUUCUGCCAUUAAGACAAGCCCAAAGUGCAAUCCUCAAUAGCUUAAAUUCCCCCAAUUAAGAAGUUAUGCUAAGCUGAUGGGGGUAGUUGAUACUUGAUUCUUAAUCUCAGAGAUGUUUGAUAUGGCUAUUAAAGAUCUUGAGGUGGAGUGUAAUGUGCAAACUUUGAACAGAGUAAACUCUGGUUCAUAUAGAACAACCUAAUGUUAGUUGUAGAAUGCGAUUUGUCUGCUAUUUCUGAUUUAAGUGUGGAGCGUUGUGGCACAGUGGAUUAGUCUCCGGACAGAGGAUCGUGGGUUCAAACAAAUUCCAGCCAUGGUGUAGUUUCCUUCAGCAAGAAAUUUAUCCACAUUGUGCUACACUCAACCCAGGUGAGGUAAAUGGGUACCUGGCAGGAAUACCUUGAAAUGCACCGAGCGCUGGAAGGCUGCUUUAGCUACAGCCAGGGUAACAAUAUCCAAGCGCAUAGAGACGUUAUUCAUUAUGUGUAAGAACUGUCUUUUGAUGGAUAUGUGUGUAGAUAUUGAAACUGAAGCUUAGAGCUUGCAGAGCAAUGGUAUCUUGAGGUAAUCGUUUUGAGGGCUUGAGUUUUGGAAAUGUGCUGAAUCUUGAAGACAGAUUCCCCAUAGAGCUUUUUAUGCUCAUUAAAUGGUGAUUAGAGUUUUAGAAAGAAGUCAAAUUUAUCAGAUAUCAUUUAAAUUUUGUGAAGUUCAAUUGCAAACAUUGAUUUUCACCCAUAGUAUCACCUUAGUGAAUAGCUAUUCAUGUUGGAAUUGCCAGGGUACUAUCUAGUCACAUAAUGAUCAAUGUGUAUCUUAGUAAACUUUUGAUUCUGAAUUUAUUAUUGUAGGUACUACUGUUUCUAAUAUAAAUGCAGGGUGCUACAUAAGCACUUGCCCGAUUGCCCAGGGCAAGUAAAAGUUAGAGUCGGGCAAGUGUUUUGAAGU